CCGGUGGUUCAUGAUUCAACUUUUGUAAAUCAAAAAUCUGUCGGUGGUCGGUGUUUUUCUGUUUCUUAGUUCUUUUCUUAUCGAUUCCAAAAUAUUUCAACUAAAAACUAACAAAUAGAAUGUUUUCUAAACAUUAAUAUUAAUUUUCUAAUCUCAAUGAAAGGAGCAUAAAAAUGAAUCAACAUACUAAAGAACUCUACAUGGGCAAAAGCCUUCGUGAUUUGGAAAAACAUCACAAUCUUCCCGAUUAUAGAGGAAGGAAAAUCACCAUGCUUGUUUCGAGCGCUCGUAAACUUCUGGAAGACGCUGAGCGUUGCCAACUAGAUGGGGACGAGGAGCAAAGUUACAUACAAUACAUGAAAUUUUUUAAUCUGCUUGAUUGUAUUAGCAAAAUGCCAGACUAUAGACAACACAAGAAGCUAGUGAAACAGAAUCUUGGAAGCAAUGAAGAUGUGAUUAGAUUAAUGAACAAGCUAUCGAAAUUAACUAAAUCACUUCAGAACAGAUAUAAGGGCUUGUCUGAAAACAGGAAUACCAUGGAGAUGCCCGAGUUGUAUGAUAACGAGAACGCGAGCAAUAAUAGUUUGAUGCCACACACCUUUGACCUAUCCAGCAAUAAUGCAUCGAAUGGUUGCACAGCAGAUAUGAAUACUUUUGGUGUCAUAUCUUGUGAAGAGCUUCAUCGUUUAAUACGUAAUUCGGGUAGUCUUUUGAUUAUGGAUUGUAGGUCGAAGGCGGACUUUCAGGACUCACAUUUGAGUUUUCAGUGGUGUGUCAAUGUUCCAGAAGAAUAUAUUCAAGCAGGUAUAUCUGCUGGAAAACUCCAAGAUAAAUUAGACAACGCAUCUAAACUCCUCUGGGCAGCUCGAUCAAUUAAAGAACAAGUUGUUUUAAUGGACUGGAAUUGUAACACUGCAAAUCCUCCACCCAAUUCACCAAUCGCAAUAUUGAGAGAUAUUUUACAAAUGUGGGAUCCAGAUGUUGUUUAUAAGUCACCUAUAAAAAUCCUCGAAAAGGGCUAUGAAUAUUAUAUUCUUAUGUAUCCAUCUCAAUGUACCAAUCCGUCUGUUCAAGCGCCGCGAGUGGAAGAACAAGAGACGUUUAUUGAAGAAAUUGAAUAUCCAAGCAUCCUCGAUAUAACAAUGAAAGAUGAUCAAAGAAAAGACAACAACAAUACAUCAGUUCAAAAGCCUAGUAUAGAUCGUUCGAGUAAAAAAGCCGCUAUUAAAACAUAUGGAGAGCGCCAAAGUAUGGACAUAUUGCGAGAUCAGGAACUAGUGGCGGAAAAAGCUUUGCAUCAAAGCAAAUUACUACUCCAAGCUGAAGGUGAAAUACAAACACUAAGCAAGAGCGAACACGAAGAGCAAACCAAACUGUAUUACAAGAUGCUUCAAUUGCAAAGCGCUCAACAAGAUUUGAUUUCGGAUAACAAUCGCUUGCGCCAAGAACUUGAGGAGGUUAAACGUCGUGAGAAUGAACAAUUGAAUGAGAAAAAAUCACCAAAAGAAGUUCAGACAAUUGAAGAAAAAACUAAAAAAAUUGAAAAUGUGAUUCAGGAGCAAAAUAAACUUCAAGAGAAACGUGAUCCUCGAUUAUUGGAAAAACUUGGACAAGAACUUGCUCUUGAAAAGAAAAGACGAAUGACAACACCAACACAUGAUGACAAUGAGGAAAUGUCUAGACCAAAAAUACCCCAAUUUGAUCGAUCAGUUAAACCAUCAGUAAAGACUAUAGAACGAGUGAGGGAUUUUUCUCCGGUACCAGGAACUGUUGGUCGUGGUCUGACAGGUCUCAAAAAUCUUGGCAAUACCUGUUACAUGAAUAGCAUAUUGCAAUGUUUGAGCAAUACUCAACCCUUGACGGAAUAUUGCUUAUCUGAUAGAUACAAAAACUACAUAAGUCGCGCAAACAAGACAAACGGACAGGUUGUGGAAGAAGUUGCUGCCCUCAUCAAAGUCCUAUGGAAUGGUAAUUACAAAUGUGUUGCCAGCAAAGAGUUGAGGUAUGUUGUAGGCCAGUAUCAAAAAAUAUUUCGAGGAAUCGAACAACAGGAUUCACAUGAAUUCCUAACGAUACUUAUGGACUGGUUACAUUCAGAUUUGCAAACAUUGCAAGCGCAACAAAAAUCAGUCCGAGAAAAUAUGCCAGCUUCGGAACGUGCAUGGUUGGAAUUUACCAAAGCUCGAGAGAGCUUGAUAUUGCGUUUAUUUUAUGGCCAAAUUAAGAGCACUGUAAAAUGUGUUUAUUGCAAUAAGGAAAGUGCUACUUACGAGUGUUUCUCAAAUUUAAGUUUGGAACUACCAUCUAGUGCAAAUAUGUGUACAUUGAAUCAAUGUAUGGAUAUGUAUUUCAAUGGUGAACGUAUUCACGGGUGGGUUUGUCCAACAUGCAAACAACCUAGGGAAGCAAUAAAGAAGUUAGACAUUUCGAAGUUGCCACCAAUUUUAGUUGUCCAUUUUAAAAGAUUCUAUGCCAAUCCUGAUAGCAUGGGCCCUUCAUAUAGAAAGAAAUUAAACUAUGUAACGUUCCCUUUAGAGAAUCUCGAUAUGACGCCGUAUGUUGCCAAGUCGGAGUUACGUUCAAUGUCGCCAAAGACUUACGAGCUCUAUGGUGUAUCGAAUCACUAUGGCUCGAUGGAAAGCGGCCAUUAUACAGCAUUUUGUAAGAGUGGAGUUUUUGGAAAAUGGUUCAAGUUUGAUGACCAAGUCGUAUCACCUAUUGAUACAACAGACGUUGUAUCUAGUGCGGGAUACAUUCUAUUUUAUACAUGGCUGCCUCAAACUCCGCCACCUUAAGUGAACUAGCUAAUUUUUAAUAUUGUUAUACACUGUUUCUUCCUACCUGAAUAGUCAAAUGUCAAAGAAUUAUCGAUUGUUUGUUUUUUUCUUUUUUAUUUCAACAUUUUUCAUUGUUUUUGUUAUUCCCAUAAUUUAUAAGUAAUUUUUUUUUUAAUAAUAAUUCACCCAAAAUGUGAAUAUUUAUUUAGCUUUAAUAUAAGAAAAAGUUUAAUUUUCAAAACAAAAAUUUAAUAUCGAACAUAUAACGUAUAUGUAUAUAUACAGAGAUCUAUUAAUGACUUUACCUUCUAUUUUCAUAAGCAUGUUCGAAGUUUAUUAGAUGAAACUUAAAAAAAUAUAGUACAUGUACAUUGUACACAAAAUCUAUUAUUAUUAUUAUUACUAACAAAAAUGUUCACCAAUUUUCGCAUCCAUACCUAUAUAAUCAAAUUACAUAAUAUGAUAAAAUGUAUGUAAAUUGAAAUAACUAAACUGUGCAUUAUUUUAUUUUAAUAAAAGAUGUUAUUUUUAUAUUGCUUAAAUAAACAGAGUUUAAAACACA